UCAUCCCCAUCAAUCACCUUCAACACCACCUCAACCCUCAACCCACAGUUUGACCCGGAAUAGAAUCACGACUACAUACACUCAAUCUUCCAUCGCGACACCAACCAACCCACGCAACCACCCCCGAACCACCCCCCCCGAAACCACCACUCUCUUUCCCCGCCCAUCAUGUCCAGCACCAGCACCCAACCCCAAGACAAGGCCGAACCCAGCCAACAGCCCCAACAACAACAGAAGCCCUCCGUCCUGGAAGAAGACGAUGAGUUCGAGGACUUCCCCGUGGAAGACUGGCCCCAAGACGAAACCGAACAAGGCACCGCCACCGCCAACGGCACCGACGCCCACUUGUGGGAGGAAAGCUGGGACGAUGACGACGCCGCCGAGGACUUUUCGAAGCAGUUGAAAGAGGAGUUGAAAAAGGUGGAUGCGUCUCGUUGAUAGCAACUGCGGGGAGGAGGUUGUUGAUGAGGGUUAUGCUUGUGAUCUUGUGAUGGUAUGAAGAAUGGCAUUGAUGUUAGACUUUC